AAUGAAAGGGAUCAAUUUAUAAUUUUCCAUUGGUAAAAACGGUCUUCAAGUAAUCGUCGUUUUCGAAAAUUUCCCUUUGGCUUCUCUGAAACCUUUAUACGAUCUGUCUUCUGCGGGAGUUUGACGACGACGAACUUCAAUGGCUCAUUGGCUCAAUGGUUCAUUGGGUAUUAGCGUUGUCUAAUUAGUGGUAAGCACUAAUUUUCUUCCUCUGCUAUCCAUUCCUUCCACUUGAGCUCAGUUUGCUUAUCAGACGUUUGAUAAAAUGUCUCACCGAAAGCUUAUGACCAUUAUUCGAGUUUUUUGCACUUGAUUAAUUGUUUUGGUUAGAAAGAAGCUGCAUAAAUUCUUUUGCUCCUUCCAUUAAUCCACUGCUUACUGUUAGAAGAGUUCUGAUAAACUAUUUUCCUCAUUAUUUUUAAGGGAAGAUCAUUUUGUCUUGAUAAUAAACUUUCUGGAUGUUUAAGCAUGGCUUUUUUUGGUCCCAGAUUUUCAGUUUUAGGUUGGAGGUGAAUCCUGUUGUUUCUAAAUUGCACGGAUCUUGAUUCGUUUAGUGUUGGGCAUUUUCUCUUCUGACUAGAUGAUGCACUUUAUGAGGAGACUCGCCAAUCGGUUCAAUGCAGUUUCCUUAUCCUUCCUGUAUGUCAUACUUGGUGAUGGUAAAUACAAUGUAGUUCGGGUUUCUGGAUGCCAGCUUCGGGCAUAUUCGAGUCACAGGUUGACUUGUGGGUUUAUUGGCUCUUGUUUGACAAACUCAAAUGAGCAAGCUGUAUUUUUGAGAUUACAAAAUGAAAUCACAUGGCAAAAUUCUUUUUUCUCAACUAUGGCGGGAACAAUUUUGGCUCAGGCUCGAGACCCUGCUAAACUAAGUGUGGAAAUACAGGAUGCACUUGAUGAGCAUAGACUUAAUGAUUCAUGGAAGUUGUAUGAGCAGCAUAUGCUGAUGGAUGGGUUCCCUAGAAAAUCUGUUGUGAAUAAACUUCUUUCAACUUUUGCAGAAAGUCUUGAUGUUCAGUGGCUUCAGGAGGCUUAUGGGUUGGUAGAAAAAAUUUUUGAGGGGGGAAAACAGAACUUGUUACAGAAAGAGACACUUAUUUAUCUCUCAUUUGCUCUAGCCAAAGCUGGUUUUCCAGUUCCUGCAUCGACUACUCUAAGAAGGCUGGUAGCUAUGGAGCAAUUUCCUCCUGUUGCUGCUUGGUCUGCAAUUAUGGCCCAUAUCUCACAUACAGCUUCUGGUGCAUACCUUGCCGCUGAGUUGAUUCUUGAGAUAGGUUAUUUGUUUCAAGAUGGAAGGGUGGAUCCACGGAAAAAGAGUAAUGCACCUCUGAUUGCUAUGAAGCCUAAUACUACUGCUUUUAAUAUUGCUCUGGCUGGGUGUUUAUUGUUUGGGACGACUAGGAAAGCUGAACAGCUCCUUGACAUGAUGCCAAGAGUUGGUGUCAAAUCUGAUGCUAACUUAUUGAUAAUAAUGGCACAUAUACAUGAGAGAAAUGGAAGAAAAGAAGAGCUUGAGAAACUUCAAAGAUAUAUAGAUGAAGCCCACAACCUAAGUGAUACUCAGUUUCGGCAGUUCUAUAAUUGUCUACUGGCAUGCCAUUUGAAGUUUGGGGAUCUGGAUUCUGCAUCGAACAUGGUUCUGGAAAUGCUUCGGAAAGCAAAAGUAGCAAGAAAUUCUCUUGCCGCAGAAACACUGGUAGCUGAUGUAGUUCGAAAGGACAGUAAGUCCCUUCCUGCACUGGGUUCUGGGCCUGGACCGAGCCAUAGAAAAUUUGACGGUGCACAAAAUAACACAAUGAAUAAUAUUCCUAUGUUAUCUUAUGAAGAAUAUUCCAGAGACCAAAGUUUCCUGAAACUUGAGACCGAGGCAAAGAAUGUGUUUGGUAAUUUGUUAGCUAAAAUACAGUCCCAAGUUGAAUUGUUAACAACUGAACGCGGUAUUAUCCAACCAACUGAUAAACUUUUUGUGAAAUUGGUUAAGGCAUUUCUGGAAUCUGGCAACACCAAAAGUUUGGUAGAAUUUCUCAUCAAGGCCGAAAAAGAAGGUUCUCCAGCUUCCAACGAUGAUUCUGCCUUGGUUCAUGUCAUUAAUGCGUGCAUAUCACUUGGUUGGUUAGAUCAGGCACAUGACCUUCUUGAUGAGAUGCGUUUGGCUGGUGUUAAAACUGCUUCUUCUGUAUAUGCCUCGCUAUUGAAAGCAUACUGUCAAGCAAAUCGAGCGGGAGAGAUUGCAUCACUUUUACGGGAUGCUCGUAGGGCAGGUAUCCAGCUUGACUCAAGCAGUUAUGAGGCAUUGAUCCAAUCAAAGGUGCUGCAAAGAGAUACGCAGGGAGCCCUGCAUCUGUUCAAAGAAAUGAAAGAGGCUAAGAUACCAAAAGCUGGCCAUCCAGUAUUUGAGAAGUUGGUUAAAGGAUGUGGAGAGGGUAGUGAAGCCAGUUUGAUGGCGAAGCUCUUGCAGGAAAUCAAGGAAGGGCAGAAGGUGGAUUCUGGAGUUCAUGAUUGGAACAAUGUAAUCCACUUUUUCUGUAGGAAGAGGUUGAUGCAUGAUGCUGAGAAGGCUUUGAAGAAGAUGAGAAGUCUUGGGCAUGCUCCAAAUGCUCAAACUUUUCAUUCCAUGGUCACUGGAUAUGCUGCUGUUGGGGGAAAAUAUAUAGAGGUAACAGAACUAUGGGGUGAGAUGAAAUCUCUGGCUUCUUCCACCUCUAUGAAGUUUGAUCAGGAACUCUUGGAUUCUGUACUUUACACAUUUGUGAGGGGUGCAUUUUUCAAUAGAGCAAAUGAAGUGGUGGAGAUGAUGGAGAAAGGGAAAAUGUUUGUUGACAAGUAUAAAUACCGGACCCUAUUCUUGAAGUACCAUAAAACUCUUUAUAAGGGCAAGGCUCCCAAAUUCCAGACAGAAGCCCAACUGAAAAAGAGAGAAGCUGCAUUGGCUUUUAAGAAAUGGGUAGGAUUGAGUUGAAAAAGUGAAGGAAUAUAAUGCCACUUGCCCAAUAUGAAAAAUACCCAACAUGCUAGCUACCUUUCUAAUUGAUGAGGUAAGAUUUGAUGGCCUCCAGUUCAUUUUACCGAGCAUCAUUUGAACUUCUUGUUGCUCAACAACUAUUAUUCAAUAUGCAUUUUAGUUUGUCAAUGGGCAGUUGUGUCAAUAUUUUAGUAGUUUCAGUUGGUGCUUCUGGAGAGAGCUUUUAAUGGGCAGCUUCUGCAAUUUUUUUUCCCCCUUUUUUUCAUAAAUUCUUAUAAAAGUAAACGGCUAAAAAGAUCUUAUGCCUUUACUAGGAAACCUUCCAUCAUUUGGUUUAUUAUUACAAAUUUUUUUUUUCUCCCUGCAAUUAGGUUUAUUCUUUAAGAAACAACGGCUCUUCCUCUGUUUAGGAAGGAGAUAAUGAAGACAUAAGUUCAAAAGACCCCAAAGUAAGGAUCGUAUUUCAGGAUAAGUUCUUGUAAGCCUGUUUCAAAAGUUGCUGUGGCUUUUCUGUUUGGUUUGGGACAAGAAUCCUGUGUUGAUUGAUGAUGUUUGUUUUGACAUUCAGUAUAAAGGUGCUUACUCGAAUAGCAUUUAUACUUAUUUUAAUAUUCCUGCCUUUUGCCACAGAAUAUAGCUGAGCUUCUUUGAUCCAAAACGAAGCCUUAAGGAUUUGGUUUUCAUUGUUUUAGGAGCAUAUGAAGAGGUUUCUUGAGUUCCUAAUGUUGAUUAUUUAGCAUAAAUACAUGUUCUUGUCGCAACCAGUCAAGCUGGCAAAGGCCUAAGGUUAUUGUUUCACGUGGGAGGAAAAUGUUUGAAUGAUGUACUAUAUGGCAUAGAUAAAGACUCAGUACUACCUCCAGAAUGGAUUGAAGAAAUUUGUAAUGCACUGCAUCAAAGAGGUGGUGGAGAUGCCAUAGCAGGGCUUACUGUACUGAGAUACUGUCCAGCAAAAAUUGUUGCAUAGGCAGGAUAAUUUUCUUGUUGAUAUCCCCACCAUGUCAUGUAGUCUCAGAGCUUUUGUAGAUAGAUUCAAGAUGUUGCUAUCCUUUUGUUGUUUUGGAUGAAAUGGUUAUCAAUCUACAUCUUUUACUGCUGAACUAGUCCCAAACCUGUGGGGUGCAUUUUGCUGCUAUCUAAUGUUAUUCUGUUACUUCUCUAUAGCAUUGUUUUCA